CUCGCUUCAAUAGCUUUCUUGGCCUCUGCUGCCGCUGCUGCCGUCGCUAUUAUUAAUCGCCAUCAAAACACACCACCAACGCCGCGGUACUGGCUAGUACUCCGACUCCUACUGUUACACAGCUGCUGCGGCGGCGAUCUCCAUGGCCUCGCGAACCCUAGGCGGCCGUGGGGACGGCGGCGGGCGCGGGGCAUUUUUCUCCUGAGCGGGGAGCGGCCGAUCCGCAUCGCGGCGGGUGGGCCGGCGGCGGCGUGAUGAACCCGCUCUGUUGCAUCGCGCCCGUCUCGCUGGACCACGCCGCGGACCAGCUCCACCGCCAGAACCACCAGCCACGCAUCCUCCCCGCGGCGCCGCCGUCCCCACCGCCGCAGCCGGCGGUGCAGGCGGCGGUCGCGGGGGUGCUGCACAAGUGGGUGAACUACGGGAAGGGAUGGCGGUCCCGGUGGUUCAUGCUCGAGGACGGGGUGCUCUCCUACUGCAAGCUCCGCGGCGGAGGCGCUGGGGAGGCAGCCACGUCGCCCGCCGCGGCAAGGGUGAUUGGGGAGGGGGCCGCGCUGCGGCGGGCACAGGAGGAGGCCGCGGCGGCGGGGAAGCAGUGGAAGCCAGUCGGCGAGAUACAUCUGAAGGUUUCGUCUAUUCGUGCAAGCAAGUCUGAUGAUAAGAGACUGUAUAUAUUCAGUGGGACGAAGACGUUACACUUGAGGUGUGAUACUGAGGAGGACAGGAACGAAUGGAUAGAUGCGUUGCUGGCGGCGAAGGAUCGCUUCUCGUGGUCACUGACUAGCAAUGAUUUUGGUCCCAUGGCGGACAUUAUGUUGUCCACUGAGAAGCUGAGGGUGCGGCUGCUGCAGGAGGGUCUGAAUGAAACAGUAGUCAAGGAGUGUGAGUCCAUUAUGAUGAGUGAGCUGCUGGAACUGCAAGGCCAGAUAAAGUCUCAGCAGCAGCAGCAUUCUAUUUUGAUAGACCGCCUCCGGCAAUUAGAGACAGAGAAAGUUGAUCUGGAGAGAACGGUUGUGCAUGAAACUAAGGAGAGGGAAACACAUGGCUUUGCCAAUGGCAGAUAUAGUGAUUUCUAUUCAGUUUUAUCAGGAGGGAGUGCAAGUGAAUCAGAUCCUGACAUUGCAAGUCAAGUGGCUGAAAUUGAAACUGAUGAAGAUGAAGUAACAUAUUUCGAUACAAGAGACUUUUUGUCUGCAGAGUCUUUACGAAGUGCUUCAUGUCGAAGGAGGGAACUUAUGACAAAUGUUGGAGACUCUGUUACAAAUGCUCUCAAAUCUACUCAAUAUCCCUUUGUGCAACGUAGAGAGAAGCUACCGGAGCCGAAGGAAAAAGAGAAGCCUAUAGGAUUAUGGUCAAUAAUUAAAGAAAAUAUAGGGAAAGAUCUCUCCGGAGUCUGCCUACCUGUUUAUUUCAAUGAGCCUCUCUCUUCUCUACAAAAAUGUUUUGAAGAUCUGGAGUAUUCUUACUUGGUUGACCAUGCACUACAGUGGGGAAAGCAGGGUGACAGCUUGAUGAGGCUACUUCAUGUUGCGGCUUUUGCAGUAUCAGGUUAUGCUUCAACUGAAGGUCGGCAAUGCAAACCCUUCAAUCCUCUACUGGGGGAAACAUAUGAAGCUGACUAUCCGGAUAAAGGACUUCGCUUUUUCUCUGAAAAGGUCAGUCAUCACCCAAUGGUUGUUGCAUGCCACUGUGAAGGUAGAGGUUGGAAAUUUUGGGGUGAUUCCAAUCUGAAAGGGAAGUUCUGGGGUCGAUCCAUUCAGCUUGAUCCAGUAGGUGUUCUAACCCUCCAGUUUGAUGACGGAGAAACAUUUCAGUGGAGUAAAGUGACUACUUCCAUUUACAAUAUCAUAAUUGGCAAAAUUUAUUGUGACCACUAUGGAACAAUGCGUAUCAAUGGAAGUGGUCAAUACUCCUGCAAGCUUAAAUUCAAAGAACAGUCAAUAAUUGAUCGGAAUCCACACCAGGUGCAUGGAUUUGUGCAAGAUAAUAGAACAGGACAAAAAGUAGCUAUGUUAAUUGGAAAAUGGGAUGAAGCCAUGUAUUAUGUGCUUGGAGAUCCAAGUGUGAAACCCAAAGGGUAUGACCCAAUGUCAGAAGCGGUUCUCUUAUGGGAGAGAGACAAGUCUCUUAAUCAGACACGAUACAACCUUUCUCCCUUUGCAAUUUCUCUAAAUGAAUUGACACCGCACUUGUCAAAGAAGUUGCCUCCUACUGAUUCUCGUUUGAGGCCUGAUCAAAGGCAUCUGGAAAAUGGUGAAUAUGAGAUGGCAAAUGCAGAGAAACUUAGGCUUGAACAACUGCAGCGACAGGCUAGACGAUUGCAAGAGAAAGGGUGGCAGCCAAAAUGGUUUAGGAAGGAUGACGACGACAGCUACCGCUAUGUGGGUGGAUACUGGGAAGCAAGGGAGAACGGGAACUGGGACGGGAUCCCGGACAUCUUCGGUCAGAACAGUGUAUCGCCAGGGUUGCCGUAGCUACCCUGGUUCCCCGUGUUAUAGUAGUAGUAUCAGUGUUUCUUUGCAGAGAAUGUUUUGCUGGCUGAAUAUACAUGGUGAAAAAAUGUCAGUAUAUGCCAAUUUCUUGGUUCCAAAUAGCCGAAAUGUACUGCUAGGCACAUGGCGAAAUUAUAUUAGUAGAAAAGCGGACCAACUAGGUCUAGGUUAACUGUGAAGAAAUCUGAGUUAUCCUAGUUUGGGUUAAUCGGUUUUCCUUAGUUUGCAUUCA